AUGACGGAGCCAACGAAACAAGCGGGCGAAGAGACCCCCAUACCGUUGAAGGCCCUGGACAACGCAAACUCAGUGGAUAUCGUGAAUGAUGAUUCAACGCCAAAAGCAGGAGAAUUGAAUUAUGAGGAGUAUACUCGUGGGGGAAUGGGCCGUCAUCUCGGUACAUUUUCAACCAUUUUUCUGAUCGUUGGGCGCAUCAUAGGAACUGGAAUAUUCUCCACGCCAUCGUCCGUUACUGAAAGCGUUGGGAGUGUAGGCGCUGCCCUGCUCCUGUGGGUCUUAGGCUUUCUUCUGGCUGCUUCAGGUCUCUGUGUUUGGCUUGAGAUGGGUUCUAUGAUUCCACGAAGUGGUGGAGAGAAGGUCUAUUUAGAAGCCGUUUAUCGCCAGCCGAAGCUGUUGAUUACAGUGGUCUUUGCCGUGCAGGCAGUGGCUUUAGGCUUCACAGCCUCAGGCUGUGUGGUUUUCGCGUCUUACGUGUGGGUGGCGGCAGGAAAGAAGGCUUCAGAGUGGGAAGAGCGUGGUGUUGCCAUUGCAGUGAUUAUCUUCAUCACACUCUUGCAUACUCUUCUACCGAACUGGGGCGUUCGAGGGAUGAAUAUACUUGGCUUGUACAAAGUGGUCCUUUUGCUAUUCAUUGUCAUUACUGGCUGGGUCGUCCUCAGUGGCCGAGUGUCUAGUAUACCGGAUCCCUACUCCAGCUUCCGCAAUUCUUUUGCAGGCUCAGCAACCUCAAGCAACCUCUAUGCAAUCGCGCUUUUUAAAGUUUUGAACUCAUUUUCGGGAUGGUCUAAUGCGGCAUAUGUCAUGAACGAAAUUCGCAAUCCUGUCAGAACUGUGAAAAUAGCGGCCCCUAUCGGACUAACCAUCUGUGGUGUUCUUUAUAUUCUAGCGAAUGUUGCCUAUUACGCCGCCGCUACCCCAGAGGAGAUCGCCGAGAGCGGUACUACAGUCGCUUCCUUUUUCAUGGGAAAGGUGUUCGGCUCGGCAGCUGAGCGUGCACUAAGUGCCCUAGUAGCUAUAUCCGCGUUUGGUAAUGUCCUGACUGUUACAUUUGCCCAGGCUCGAGUGAACCAGGAGCUGGCAAAGGAAGGGGUUAUUCCGUUCCCCAAGUUCUGGGCAUCAAACUGGCCCUUUGGGUCACCAUCAGCUGGACUCCUGCUGCAUUUCAUUCCAUCAUUUAUUGUCAUUAUUGCAAUUCCAUUCGGGGAUGCGUACGACUUCAUUCUGGACCUGGAGGGAUAUCCCGCCAGCGUGAUCAACUUUUUGGUUGUCCUUGGACUCUUUUAUCUUCGAUGGGCAGCCCCGAAUCUGCAUAGGCCUUUCCGGGCCUGGUGGCCUGUCGCUCUGUUCUUCAUGGCAGGACAAGGCUUUCAGCUGGUGGCUCCAUUUGUCCGGCCGCCCGGUGGUAAAGGCGAUACUUCGCUCCCGUACUGGCUGUCUAGUGUGGUCGGAAUUGUUAUACUAUUGCUUGGGGUGAUUUACUGGGCUUUUUGGCGAAAGAUCUUUCCUACGAUUGGGAAAUAUCGCCUGGUUCCCGACCACGAGGUUCUCUCAGAUGGCACAACAGUGGUUACAUAUAAGCGGGUAAAAUGA